AUGUCUGUCCAGGGGACAGACAUGCAGGGGUUCGCCGAGGCCUACCUUCCUCUCCCAGAGGCAGCUGAGCAGCUGGAAGGAGGCUGCCCCGAGGGAGGGGCCGGCCCAGGUGCUCGAUGUAGGCCUUAUCAGCCCCGCCCUGGCCACAGGUCGUGGUUCUCCCGGAUGCCAGGACUCGGGGACCAUGCCCUCAGAUCAGGCCCGACACAGCAGGGAGCAUCGUGCCAGCGGCCGUCUGUGCCCCCCACCCCCACCCCCCGCAGUGCCCCCCGUGCCCAGCAGGGGCAGGAGUGGAGCCGUCAGAGGGGAAUCUGUCAGCAAAAGUUUUUUAGAGGCCCCAACGCAUCCUUCUUUAGAAGGGGUUAUAAGGUCUCGGGAGCAACCGAUGCUGGCCCAGGUCACCGGGAAAGCAUGACUGUGAUGAUGGAGCUGCACGAGGAGGUCCUCCAGGACAUGGUCCCCCCUAAGAAGCACCUGCUGCGACACCAGCCCGCCAAUGCCCAGAUGGGCCUGAUAAAAGAAAACAUGUUCUGCACCACGCUGCAGCUCCGGCUUUUCACGAUGGACCUCAACGUGGUGGAGCACAAGAUCACAGCCUUAAGUGUGCUUGUGGCCUGCAAUUAUCUUCUUCAGUCCAGAAAAAAGAUCAUUGCUGUGCUCUUCAAAGCCCUAAAUUCAACCAAUAGUGAGCUCUAG